GUCGAACGACACGCGCAAGCCGAUCGGCGGCAACAUCAUGGCGCACGCGAGCACGACCCGCGUCUCGAUGCGCAAAGGUCGCGGCCCCGAGCGCAUUGCGCGCAUCGUCGACUCGCCGUCCAUGCCCGAGGCGGACGCCAAGUUCCAGAUCACGGCGCAGGGCAUCACGGACGUGUCGGACGGCAAGGGCGACGCCGAGGAGGACGACUAGGCGCCGUCGUCGCCUCCCUCCUUACUCGCCCCGCCUCGCCUCCCGUCCUUCUCGUCCCUCGCCGUGUCCGACCUCGACCCCGGCCUCGGUCCUCAGCUUCAUGUACAGCCGCCCGCAUUCUCGUCCCUCUCUCUUUGCGCAGUGCCCCUCUGUCCUUACCCUCGCAGUCCGUGAUGUACUUCCCCCCUCCCCCUCCCGCUUGCCUCGCCCUACGCAUGUUCCCCUUCCUCGUUCUGGCCUCGCCUCCCUUUCCUCGCCCUGUCUGCGCCACUCGCGCACCUUGCAACCAUGUCGUCCU